UGGUAGAGGAGACAGGAGAUCUGAUUAACACCAAGAUGGCUCCGGUGCGCUCUGCAAUGCGUUCGUGUCCGCUUUGCCCUAAGGUCGUGGUCGGCUUCAGUCAGCACCUAAGGCAGGUGCACAAUGUGAGGAACACGGAGGAGAGGGUGAUCCUUUGUCAUUGGCAGUCGGGCCGCGUCAAUAUCAGGCAGGAGCCGUGUCCAGUGACGGGAUGCUCCGCCCACGUCAGCAGGCUGGAACGGCACAUGAACUCGCACACAGAACUCAACAGAACGCAGAGGAGACGGGCUUUGGAGGAGCUUAGGAGACAGCUGACCAUGGAGCGGCUGGCCACGCUGAGGGCAUCCAACCCUGUCAUCCCACUGGCCACCGAUUUGGACAUUGUGGAAGCUGCAAAGCAAGAACAGGAGGAGGACUCUUUAGAUUCACGGCUAAAGGAAGAGGAAGAGGAGGACGUGGGCUGCGAAGAUGAUUCCUGCCACUGCCAAGCGGUGAUCCUGAGGCUGCAGAAAGCUGUGCAAGAGAGGGACGAGGCCCUGACCAAGAGCGGCGAGACCAUCCAAUCCGUUAGAGAGGACAACCUGAAGCUGACCUCUGAACUGAACAGAGCCAGGAAGAGGUACGAGCUACUGAGAAGGCAGACGGCGAGGUCAGCAAAGAGGUCCAGGUUUCAGGCCGAGCAGUCUCCUCCUGGGUCAGACACGGAGCAAGAGGAACUGCAGCAGGACCAAGCCACGGGUUCAGGGUCCUGGACAGAGGAGGCCACGGCGUCCGGAUCUAGCAGCCAAAUUCCCCUCCCGGGCUCUGCUCUGAGUGUGUUUAUGGAGGGAUUCAGGAAGACCUGUGAGGGCCCCAAUCCAAACGAUAAGAUGAAGGAAAAUUGUGACGCGAAGUUCAAGAGGGUUCAGCAAUUUGUGAUGUACAUGGCAAAGGACGAGAUUUACCCUUCCACUCUCGCUUUCCUGAAAAACCAUGACAAGAUGAGGAGAUGGGUUCAGACCCUUCAGAAGAACAAGGACAUCGCCACGGUCACCAACUACACCUUGACUAUCGGUGCAUUUCUUCAAUACGCCGAGGAGACACCGCCACCUGGCUGCCGGCUGACCAGAAACCAAUGGAGGGGGAUCAACCGGGUGAUGAAGGGAGCAGCUUCACCAGGCCAAGGUCAAAAAUGUACUCCAGAACGCCGACAGGGAAAGUUUGGCCAACUUCAUGCGCCACGACAUCCAGAUGGCAGACAACUUAGAUCCGUCCCAAGCCAGCAAAACCAGUGCCCUCCUCGAGGCGGCGUUGAAAGUGGAAGAUACCACGGUCGGCUCAGAGAACCAUCCCUCACCUCCAAGCGAGAGAGGACGACUCCCCCUCCGAGCGGAGCACCACCCCUGAAGAGACCAAGGUGCAGCACCAGGAGUCUGCCACGUCCGCCAGGGGAAGAGGAGGAACGGACGGCCAGACAACCUCUAGUAAGAGAAGCUAUUCCUUGACAACACGUUAGAUUACAAAGAUGGCGCUUGUACACCAUGUAACAGUCAAAGAACAAGCAGAUGAUCCUCAGGCGCCGUAUGGUGGCCACCGUCAGUCCUCCUCCAACUAAAGAGCAUGUCGCCGCUCGCCUCCCCCCAU